AUGCCAUGGUCCAGCUUCAAGAAGUUGUGCUUUGGCCUAGUGCUAUUUGAUGCUGUGCUCUGUGCAGGCAUCAUCUGGCGCGUGAGCUAUACAGAGAUUGACUGGAGAGCGUACAUGCAGCAGGUCGAGCUCUAUUUGUCGGGCACGCGUGACUACAAGCAGAUAAAUGGCCAAACCGGACCCCUCGUCUACCCUGCUGGUCAUGUGUACCUGUACAGCUUAUUGUACAAGCUCACGAGCAAAGGCUCUGAUUUGCUCGCUGGACAAAUAAUCUUUGCUGGUUUGUACCUCAUGAAUCUAGUCAUUGUUAUGGCCACCUAUGGCUAUGCUGGCGCGUCUUGGCUCAAUGUGCCUUUGCUGGUUCUCUCAAAACGUCUGCAUUCCAUCUACCUUCUUCGCAUGUUCAAUGAUGGGCUGUCGUCACUCGUCAUGUCAAUCUCUGUUUAUUGGUACACUAGACGCAAUUACCUUUUGGGCUCUCUGUUCUUUAGCUUUGCGCUCAGCGUCAAAAUGAAUGCGCUGCUCUAUCUCCCUGCAAUCAUCAUGAUUCUUCUGCAAGCUGUCGGGGUUGGCAAGAGUGUACGGCAUGGAUUGCUCAUUCUGGCUAUCCAAGGCCUCAUGGGUCUUCCAUUUCUUCAGGCGAAUGCAAGCUCCUACCUGUCGCGGGCCUUUGACUUUGGCCGUGCAUUCGAGUACAAGUGGACAGUCAACUGGAGAAUCCUGCCAGAGUUCCUCUUCCUCUCGUCGGACUUUGCCGUCUUGUUGCUCGUCCUGCAUGUAGGGACUCUACUCUUGUUUGCCUCGACACGCUGGAACAAGCCUUCCGGUAAAUCACUGCAGCGCAUCAGCAAGCUGAUCAUUGCCAAUACACUCGGUUUUCUCUUCCCAACUGGCGAGGAUGUCCCUGAAUCCAAAUUGACGCCUCCAUUCAUAUUGACGAUGUUGUACACGAGCAAUAUGAUUGGCAUGUUAUUUGCACGAAGCUUGCACUAUCAAUUUUACGCAUGGUCAGCUUGGAGUAUACCCUUCUUGCUCGAGCAAACGGGGCUGCCGCUUAUCACUCAACUCAUCAUUUGGGCUGCUCAUGAAGAUGCCUGGAACGUAUACCCCAGCACAGUACGCAGCUCGUCUAUGGUUUUGGGGUCACAGGCCGUGAUUCUCGCUGGUGUAUGGUGGAAUACAGGGGUCAAGGCGCAAGCGAAGGAAGAGACCAAUGUGGAGGCUAAAGGGUAA